GCGCCACGUAACGAACUUCCGUGAAUACUGACUGCGUCUCUGGAUUGCGCAAUAUCCGCAAGCGGUGCAGUCUGGGUUCUGCUACACAACACAGGGCUGGCGCAACUGGCUAGCUUGCUGACCACUUGAAAUGGACGUUUUCCUAAUGAUUCGGCGUCACAAGACCACAAUCUUUACAGAUGCCAAGGAGUCCACCACUGUCUACGAGCUUAAGCGUAUUGUAGAAGGAAUUCUUAAAAGACCACCUGAAGAUCAGCGCCUCUACAAAGAUGACCAGUUGCUAGAGGACAGCAAAACUUUGGGAGACUGUGGAUUCACUAAUCAGACUGCCAGACCUCAAGCCCCAGCUACAGUUGGCCUGGCUUUUCGUGUAAAUGAUGAGAUGUUUGAGCAGCUGCACAUCGAGGCCUUUUCAAGCCCCCCAGAACUACCUGAUGUAAUGAAGCCCCAGGACUCCGGUAGCACUGCUAACGAACAAGCUGUGCAGUGAUAUUGGGGAGAAAAAACAGGCAAAGGAGAGAAGGAUGGAAGUGUGUGCGUGUGUGUGGAUUAACUGCAGUAGCGGGGUGGAGGAUAUGUAAUAUAAUUUUAGUUGAUGGAUGGGGAUGUUUUGGCUAACCAGACCUAUCUAUGUUACCUUCAUGCUAUCAUCCCAGCAUCUCCCCAGUUUGCUCCUUUUUUUUUUUUUUUUUUACACAUCUGGUUUUCACACCACAUGCACUUCUGCUCCUUUGCUCUCAAGCACCAUCUGGUUAAAAAAAAGAGUGAAGUAGAUGGCUUGAAAAGUGUGAUUGUGUGUAUGUGUGUGAGUUAAUGUAAGUGUUAUCAUUAAUAUUUUGCAAAAGGUUAAGGCAUAGUUGUGUCACAGCCCUAUAGAAGAAAUGUGCAUGGGUACGGAGUCGAUUGUUUGAAUCGACAAACUGCAUGAACAAACUAAAAAAACAAAGGUUUUAUUUUCACUGAAACGCAUACGUUUCUUUGUUCUGAUUCUCCCAGAUUCGCUGGGUAUAUUGGAUUUGAUUUCAUGAUUUCAAAAGAACCUCUUUAUGUUAAGUAUGUUUGGGUUUUUUGUUGUCGUUUUGUUUUUGCUGUUUGCUUCAUGCACUGGGGUCAAACUAUUGGACAACAGUGGGAUUCUGCCUGUGACAAACGCAGUUAACAACACAAGAUCAGCAUUUUCUUGUGUUACACUUACAUGUCCAAAUAAGUUAAAAAUAAAAUGUCACCAACAUUAAUGUGGCACUUUCCCCUCAUCGCACAAACAUAGCCUGUAACUGUGAGCUUGCUUAAUAAAAAAAAUCCUGUUUUCUUUUUUAAGAUAA